ACUCUCCUUCCCUCACUCUCUCUCUCUCUCUCUCUUAAAUUAAAUGACCGUCUCUCUCGGCUGAAUUUUGGGAUUCAGAAACUGCUGAAUCAAAAGGCGAUCAAGCUCUGGUUCCCAAUCGAACUUUUCGACCGAACCGCUUAACCCGACUACCGCACUGCCCUUUAGGGCCGCGACGCUAGGACUCUGUCAAAAUAUAAUCAGUUGAAGAGGUUGAGGGAGAAAUGCCUGGGAACAAGUAUGUUGAGACUUCGGCGGUCACCGCAACCACCACCACCACCACAAGAGUGGAGAGGCUCUUGAGAGAAAGAGAACUGAGGAAAGUCGGUAAACCUAAUCAGUUGAAUGACUCUGUUGGUUGCAAUGGAGGAAUAGAGCUCUCUGAUCGUGACUUGGAUCAAGUUGAGGCUGAUGACCCGGGAGUUCCCCAGGUGGAACAAUGUGUAGAAGGAGCUCCACGAGUUCUUAACGAGGAACGUGAAGCGGGUAAUGGGAAUCCAAUUAGACAACGACUCUUGGUUGUGGCAAAUAGGCUGCCAGUCUCAGCAGUGAGGAAAGAAGAUGGUUCUUGGGCAUUGGAGAUUAGUGCUGGCGGUCUUGUUACUGCUCUUCUUGGUAUAAAGGAGUUUGAGGCCACAUGGAUUGGUUGGGCUGGUGUGGAUGUCUCUGAUGAGGCCGGGCAGAAGUCACUUAGUAAAGCACUGGCUGAAAAGAGGUGUGUUCCUGUUUUCCUGGAUACGGCAAUUGUUGAUCAGUAUUACAAUGGUUACUGCAAUAAUAUAUUAUGGCCACAUCUCCAUUAUCUUGGACUUCCACAAGAGGAUCAUCUUGCAACAACCAGGACUUUCCAGUCCCAGUUUGAUGCAUUCAAAAGAGCAAAUCAGAUGUUUGCUGAUGUAGUGGCUGAACAUUAUAAAGAUGGCGAUGUUGUUUGGUGUCAUGACUACCAUCUCAUGUUCCUCCCAGAAUGUUUAAAGAAGAACAACAGCAAAAUGAAAGUCGGCUGGUUUUUGCAUACACCAUUUCCAUCUUCAGAAAUCCAUAGGACACUGCCCUCUAGAUCCGAACUGUUGCGUGCACUUCUUGCUGCUGAUUUGGUUGGUUUUCACACCUAUGACUAUGCAAGACAUUUCGUUAGUGCAUGCGCUCGCAUCCUUGGGCUUGAAGGUACUCCUGAAGGAGUAGAGGAUCAAGGGAGGCUUACUCGUGUAGCUGCGUUUCCAAUUGGAAUAGACUCGAAGCGGUUCAUUCGAGCAAUUGAAUCACCCCAAGUGCAGGCUCACAUGAAAGAUCUGCUGCUGCGAUUUGCAGGGAGAAAGGUCAUGUUAGGGGUUGAUAGGCUUGAUAUGAUCAAAGGAAUUCCCCUGAAGAUACUAGCAUUUGAAAAGUUUCUCGAGGAAAAUCCAUAUUGGCGUGAUAAAGUGGUUUUGCUGCAAAUUGCUGUGCCCACAAGAACAGAUGUUCCAGAAUACCAAAAAUUAACCAGUCAGGUCCAUGAGGUUGUUGGACGCAUCAAUGGGAGAUUUGGAACUGUGUCUUCUGUUCCCAUUCACCAUCUGGAUCGUUCACUUGACUUUCAAGCUUUAUGUGCACUCUAUGCCGUUACUGAUGUUGCACUUAUCACAUCCUUACGUGAUGGAAUGAAUCUCGUCAGCUAUGAGUUUGUGGCAUGCCAGGCAUCAAAAAAGGGGGUUCUUAUUCUUAGUGAAUUUGCAGGUGCAGCCCAAUCUUUGGGGGCAGGAGCAAUCCUUGUUAAUCCAUGGAACGUCACAGAGGUUGCUGCUUCUAUCAAACAAGCAUUCGAAAUGUCAGCUGAAGAACGCGAAAAACGUCACCUGCAUAACUAUACGCAUGUGACCACCCAUACUUCUCAAGAAUGGGCUGAAACUUUUGUGAGUGAAUUAAAUGACACUGUUUUUGAAGCUCAGCAAAGGAUAAAAGCAGUUCCACCACGACUAAACACCAGUGAUGCAAUUGACCGCUACUUGCAGUCCAAUAACAGAUUACUCAUAUUGGGUUUCAAUGGUGUGCUAACAGAAAUGGUGGAUAGACCUGAAAGAAGAGGCCGAGAUCAAAUUAAAGAUAUGGAGCUUAAGCUGCAUCCCAGUUUGAAUGGACCUCUAGCAGCAUUGUGUAGGGAUCCAAAGACAACUAUUGUUAUCCUCAGUGGAAGUGACCGAAGUGACUUAGAUGCUAACUUUGGUAAGUAUGACAUGUGGUUGGCAGCAGAACAUGGGAUGUUUCUUAGAUCAACAAACGGAGAAUGGAUGACUACAAUGCCAGAACUUCUAAGCAUGGAUUGGGUUGACAGUGUAAAGCAUGUAUUUGAGUAUUUCACCGAAAGGACUCCUAGAUCCCAUUUCGAAAUGCGCGAAACUUCACUUGUUUGGAAUUACAAGUAUGCAGAUGUUGAAUUUGGAAGGUUGCAAGCUAGAGAUAUGCUGCAGCAUCUCUGGACAGGCCCAAUUUCUAAUGCUUCUGUGGAUGUGGUACAAGGACACCGUUCUGUUGAGGUUCGCGCAGUUGGCGUUACAAAGGGAGCAGCGAUUGACCGUAUACUCGGAGAGAUAGUUCACAAUGAAGCCAUCACCACUCCCAUUGAUUAUGUGAUGUGCAUGGGGCAUUUCAUAGGAAAGGAUGAGGAUGUGUAUUCCUUUUUUGAACCUGAACUUCCUUGUGAUGGCAUGGGAGUCACAAGAUCCAAGUUACAUGAUGCAAUGAAGAUAGGAGGAGAGAGGAGAAAGAGUUCAUCAAGCAGAAGGACUAAUAAUAACCCCGUGCCGAUGCCAAACCAGCACCACCACCAUAAUACAUCAUCUGGGGGCGACAUACAGUCACCGCCCAUAAAUGGUGCGUGGAAUGUGUUGGAUCUCAACAAGGAGAACUACUUCUCCUGUGCAGUAGGCCGCACUCGUACAAAUGCUCGAUAUCUCAUCAACUCUUCUGAAGAUGUGGUCACCUUCCUAACUGACCUGGCUGCGGCAUCGGCUUCCACCUCACCAUACUAAUAGGGUGGGGUUAAGUCCACAUCCCUUUUUACAUCACAUGGACAAUUUUACUCUUAAAAAUUGCCUAUUGUUUAUUUGCCAUAAAUGUGUGAAUUUAGCAAAAAAAGAGAUGUGGAUAUAACCACACCCAUUGUAUUAAGACGAAUUUGUGGGAUCUUCUAUUGCCAUUUUCCUCAUUAUCAACCACCCUACCCCACCGAGAAAGUUUGUCAUGUGAGUUUUGACUUAUAUGACCUAAGCAAUGUCUGUACUUAUUUUCUUCAAUGAAUCCAGUGAGAUAUU